AGAAAUUUUUAUAUAAAGUGUAUAAAUUGUUAGAUAAAUGAUUCGAUUUGUUGUUUGAUUAGAAAGACUGGAUUUUUUCAAAAAUUUUGAAUGCGCUAUUGGGUAUUUUUAUUAUUUUGAACAAAUAUUGUUAAAUAUUAUAGAUGUUUUUUACACCUAUUUUAUUGGCUGCCGGUCGUGCAGGUUGGCGCCCAAGAAGUCUUGGCGUACCUGGAAAGCAAUGGAUAGGUAAAAAUCGUCGUGUGCGACAUGAGAGCUCUGGAAUGCGUAAAACGAAAAGAAACUUGGAACUUAGAAUCGCAGGUGUCGAGUCAAUGAUUGCGUUUCCUUAUUUAACAAGAGAAGAAGCCGCGAUGCCAGAAAAGCUAGAACAACAGAUAGCUGAUCAAAAGCGCCGUAUUUGGCAGAAAAGACAUUUGGGUCCUGAUGUAUUUGGACUGGGUUUGGGAAAACCAAGUGUUCUUGAUCAUCUAAAGGUUUCGGAUACUAGGCGCUACAAUAGUAAAAAUCAGAAAUAAAAAUUUUAUUCCAAUAAAAUUAAAAAAUUCAAAUGAAUUCGUAUAACUUGGGCGCUAUUCCGUCGAUUGGAAGGACUGGCGUAGUUGACAGGCAUUUCCCUAUGAGUCUUGUACUAAUGCACUGUAAUUAGAAAAUAUAUUUUUAUAUAUAAAAAAAUAUAUAGAGAUUUAAA